UUAGUUGUACAGUUGAAAUAUUCGCAUUACUUGACGACUUUACUCACACAGCGGCAGCUAGCUCUCUCUCUCUCUAAUCCAAAACCAUUUCUCUCUCUCUUCCUUCAUGUCUUUUUCUUCUGAUCUUCUAUCACCACUACUUCUUCUUCUUCAGCUUCAUAGUCUCUUUCUCUUUCUCGCUGGAUCAUGUCUCGAGCAUUCUCAAUAAGGGGCUAUGCCUUUAUCAUGAGGUCGCGCGACGUCUUCCAGUGCUGGCCCUUCCCGACCAGCGACGCAACCGCAGAGCAAGUACGCUCAUGGCUUCCUCCGAUGACUGUUCCCAACUGGACCACUGACGACUACGACGACUCUGAGCUCAGAUCCAACCGCAUCGCCUCCGGAGAACAGGAAAAUGAAAAUCCUCCGUCGGAUGCUGCAGCUUCGAGAGAAUCGAAAAGCUCAGAAAAGUCAUCGUCGCAGGAGGAAGAAGGAGAGGCGGAGAAAUUGGAGAUUCAGGCGGUGGAUGACGCGGUAUCUCAUGGCGACAACGGCAAGAAGGAAUCGGAGAAAUCGGAAAAGUUGCCGGAGGAGGAGGAGGUGGAGAAAUUGGAGAAUCCGGCGGUGGUGGAGACGGCAUCUCAAGCAGACGACGGCGAGAGAGAAUCGGAGAAGUUGGAUGAAGAAGAGGAGGAGAAAUUGGAGAUGGUUUGCCCGGUGUGCGGCGAUUUCAAAGCGGCGACUCUGACGGCGGUGAACGUGCACAUGGACGGAUGCCUGAGGGAGGAUCGGCGUCGGCGACAGAUGAAGAUGUCGAAAUUGAAGUCAAAGUCAAAAGCGCCAAAGAAGAAGCGCUACAUCACCGAGAUUUUCAAUGUUGAAGACGAAGAGGAAAAACUAGAGCAAGAAGAGAAUCUAAUGGAGGAGGAGGAAGAGGAGGAGAUGGAGAAUGAGCGACCCGAAAUCGAGACGGAGAUGAAGUUCUGGCCGUUCGGAGAGGACGUAUCCGUCACGGUCGAGAAGUUCCGGUGGCUUUCACGGCGGCUCGAGGAGCUGAGAUCCAAAGGAGCCACUGGUGGCGGCAGCCAAUCAAUGAGAUCGGAAGGAGGAAAAACGAAUUCCGUGUCGGAGGAUUCGUUGUCUUCACCGGAGGAGGAGGAGGAGAAAUUGGAGAUGGUUUGUCCCGUUUGUAGGGUUUUCAAGGCGGCGACGGUGACUGAAUCUCAAGCCUAA